CGUCCUGCUCCCCGCGGCCGCCUGGUCCCGUCCCUCCGUCCGUCCCUCCGUCCGUCCGAGCCCGGCCAGGAGGCUCCUCCGGCGGGCGCGGGCGCGGGCGCGGACGCUCCAUGGGGCCCGCCCGCCUCGCACGGCCACGCUGAGAAAACUUAUAGUGCAUCGGCUGCACCAAGGACACAAACAUAACCUGCAUUUCUCAGGACUUUCUUUCCUGAAGAAAUACCCUAGGUGUCUAGCUGGAAAGAGCUUUACUGUUUCAUCUCCUAGUUUUCCAUAUUGUUGCACUUUAGAAGAAUAACAAGGAAUCAUGAAUAACUUCAGCAAUGAUGAGUUUGACUUUACAUUCCUUGAUGAAGGAUUUACUGCCAAGGAUAUCCUGGACCAAAAAAUCAAUGAAGUUUCUUCCUCUGAUGAUAAAGAUGCCUUCUACGUUGCUGACCUCGGGGAUGUCCUAAAAAAACACUUGCGAUGGUACAAAGCCCUCCCUCGAGUCACUCCUUUUUAUGCUGUCAAAUGUAAUGACAGCAAAGCUAUUGUGAAGACGCUUGCUGCUUUAGGGGCUGGAUUCGAUUGUGCCAGCAAGACCGAAAUUCAGUUGGUGCAGAGCAUCGGUGUGUCUCCAGAGAGAAUAAUUUAUGCAAAUCCAUGUAAACAAGUGUCCCAGAUUAAGUAUGCUGCCAACAGUGGAGUGCAGAUGAUGACUUUUGAUAGUGAAGUUGAGUUAAUGAAAGUUAACAGAGCUCAUCCAAAGGCAAAGUUGGUCCUGCGGAUUGCCACUGACGACUCCAAAGCAGUCUGUCGCCUAAGUGUCAAAUUCGGUGCCACACUCAAAACGAGCAGGCUUCUCCUGGAACGGGCUAAAGAACUCAACAUUGAUGUUAUUGGAGUCAGCUUUCAUGUUGGGAGUGGUUGUACCGAUCCAGACACCUUUGUCCAGGCAGUGACUGAUGCCCGGUGUGUCUUCGACAUGGGAGCUGAGCUUGGUUUUGAUAUGUAUCUGCUGGAUAUUGGAGGAGGUUUCCCUGGCUCUGAAGAUGUGAAGCUCAAGUUUGAAGAGAUCACAAGUGUCAUCAAUCCAGCAUUGGAGAAGUACUUUCCUUCUGAUUCAGGAGUGAGAAUCAUUGCUGAACCGGGCAGAUACUAUGUUGCAUCAGCUUUCACACUUGCUGUUAAUAUCAUUGCCAAAAAAGUUGUAUUAAAAGAACAGACAGGUUCUGAUGAUGAAGAUGAUGUUAAUGACAAAACUAUAAUGUAUUAUGUGAAUGAUGGAGUAUAUGGAUCAUUUAAUUGCAUCUUGUACGAUCACGCGCACGUUAAACCGAUUCUACAAAAGAGACCCAAACCAGAUGAGAGCUACUAUUCCUGCAGCAUUUGGGGUCCAACGUGUGAUGGGCUCGAUCGUAUCGUUGAGCGCUGCGAUAUGCCAGAAUUGCAAGUUGGAGAUUGGAUGCUUUUUGAAAAUAUGGGUGCCUACACUGUUGCUGCUGCUUCUACUUUCAAUGGAUUCCAGAGGCCAACUAUAUAUUAUGUGAUGUCAGGUCCAGCAUGGCAACGAAUGCAACAAAUCAACGAGCGAGGUUUUCCAGCAGAAGUAGAGGAGCCAGAAAACAACACUUUGCCCUUGUCUUGUGCUUGGGAAAGCGGCAUGGAACAUCACCCGGCAACUUGUGCUUCGGCUAGUAUUAACGUAUAGAUACUUGUGUGUAGUCUCUUUUACCAGCGAGUGUAGCUUGAAUUUAGGGCAUUUUCGGGGACCAUUAACUUAAUUCCUGCUAGUUUUUUUAAAAAUGUGUUCAAGAGUAGGGUUGGCAUAAAUGCGACGAAAUGGAUGACUAGAAGAUGGGGUCACAUUUAUCUGUGUUCCUAUGGAAACUAUUUGAAUAUUUGUUUUAUAUGGAUUUUUAUUCACUUUUCAACUAUGCUACUAAAGAUUGUCCCUCCACUGUUUGAACAAGCAUUUGUAGCUUGUGUAACAGCAGAAUGGGCUGAGCUUAGUGUUGUGACCUGUUUUAAAAUAAAAUAUAUUGAAAUAAUUGGA